UCCAGAUGUUGAAUAGACACACUAAGCAAACCAGGCAGCAGAAACGCAGCGUCUGUUUUCGGAUCAUUUUAGAUGCCGUCUGAUGAAUUCACGGUUUUCCUUGGUACUGUGGGUAGUUCAGCGUGGACACCUAGCAAAAAGCAAUCUCACAUCCAACGGGAUAGACGACAAUCAAGCAAGAAGAACGGAUAUUUGGAGGGGCGCCUUUUAGAGAGUUGUCUGUUUGGAUUGCUUCAACAUAUAAUGGUUUUCAAAAUGUUUGUUAUCGAAAAAAAACUGUCUGUCGUCAAAGUUUAAAGCAGAGCUUGAUCGACAAUAGGCUAUAGUGUUUGGUAAGCGAACUUAGAAAACAAAAGUGGAUAUGAUGUUUUCUCUUCACGUUAUACUGGCGUCUUGCUUGGUUUCGUUGCGCGUUGGAGAAGCUGUAUUUUUGGGACCUCUGCAACCGGAGAUGUCCAAUGGCACCUUUCAUCAUUACUUCGUCCCGGACGGGUUCUAUGAGGACAACGACGACCCUGAGAAAUGUCAGAUGCUCUUCAAAAUGACCGACGAGCGAAAGUGUAGUCUGGAUGAGGAUCAGGAUUCGGUCAUCCGGGAUGAUUUCACCAUCAUUAAACGACACAUUGAAGAUGCAGCGAGAGUGCUCGAGGGCAUCGGCAAAAGCAUCUCGUUUGAUCUGGACGGCGACGACAGCUACGGGAAAUAUCUGAGACGGGAGACGACACAGAUCAAUGAGGCUUUCACCAACUCAGAAAAGUCCUUAUUGGAGCUGGAAGUUAAGUUCAAACAGAGUCAAGAACACGAACUCAGAGAGGAGCAUCGGAUUAAUGACGACUUUCUCAGUAUGAUCGUCCAAACGCGGGACGUGGUGAAGGAGACAUUGGACAUUUCCCUGGGGCUCAAAGAUAAGCACGAACUACUGUCGCUCAUCAUUCGGAGUCACGGGACGCGAUUAAGCCGCCUGAAAAAUGAAUAUUUGAAGGUGUAAAAAUGUGCUUGAUCUCUUCAAGACAACAGUACAAAAUAUGAAGAAAUGCUUUUUUGUGCAUUUCCCGGGUACUUGGCGAAAAUAAUGUUGCCUAGCUAUCUUGUGCAAUAACAGGAAGGUAGUAUUCAUUUAGAUAAAUGAUGGACAGUAUGGACAAGCAUCAGGAGUGUUAUAAUUUCUUGUCUAUUUAAUGGACCUUUAGUUUAUGAUACUCAGGCAUUACGACUAAAUGAAAUAUAGCAAGGGUUUGAAUACCCUUGUUAAUGGGAUGUCCAGGCAUGAAUACAUUUUUAAAGAGUGCUGUUUUUGUUUGGUUUUUGUUGUUGUUGUUGUUGUUAUUAUUGUUUUGUUUUUACCAGGGUCAUAGCAGUAAACUAAAAUGAAAAGUAAAACUGAUAGAGAGAUAUUUGUAACCCGAAACAAAGGUACAAGUAUACAUUGUCUUACAAUGGAAGUUAAACAAAAAUAGCAAUGACAUUUAAAGCCAAAAUAGGCCUAGUUUAAAAAUGGUUAAAUAUAUUUUAGUCACUGUGUAGUUAAAGAAUAUCGGAGUUAAUAGAGUUAAUGCAGAUUUGGAAUUUUACAAAAUACUCUUAAGACCCAUAGAAAUUCUAGUAGAUGUUGUAUACUGUUAUAUCACUGGGUACGUUACUAUAACUGAAAAAAAUGUAACAUAAAAUAUUUAAAAAUCAGACAAAUACACACACACACACACACACAUAAAAUAAAAUUGACAAAAACUGAAAAUGCUUUCAUUACAAGAAAAAUUACAUUGAAUUUUACUAGGAAAUGGAAAUUCUUAUAGAAAUAAACAGCAAAAUAAAAAAACAAAGAAAAACUAUUAUGACCUUGGUUUUUACUAGCACUUUUCUGCGAAUUUUCAGACAUUACUUGAAUGUUUAUGUUCUGCAAAACCAUAAAAAAGACAGAAUAUAAUUUUUUAUAAUGCAAUUUUUAAAAAUAGUUAGUUCUAUACAUAUUUGCAUCAGUUAAAUAUGCAAUUUGUCUAUCCUUUGAAAAUAGCCUAUAUAUUGCUUAAAAAUAUUGUGUUAAACAGCAUUAAAAUCAAUGUUAUAAUUUUUAAAAGCUGGAAAACAUGUCUUUGUAAGGGCUUAUUUUGUGUUCAAUGGGGAAUUUGUAAAUAUUAAAAUGUUAUACUGUGAGUGUCAAUAUUUUAUAGCGGAAAAGAGCUUCAUUGCAUGUUAUUCAUGUAAUGAGAUUUUGCAGUAAGAAUAUAUUCUUGUAAUUAUUCUCUAAGAAGGUUAGAAAACAGACUAGAAUGAUGUUUCCUUAGACCAACCAAAGUAACUGCGGGCAGAAAUAUGGGACUUCAAACCUUCUACCAUUUGUAACUGCAUUCUUGAGUGGUUGUGUUUGUUCCAUUUUGUAAUAAAACUCCUUAAAAUAG